UCUUUGGUCACUGGAAUCUUGUGGUCAAAGGGACCUCCUAAGUAUUCGAGGUGAAGAUAGCAAAUGGCUCUGUGUUCAGGAAUGGGUCCUGCCCAGUUUCCUCCUUCCUUGCCAGUGUUUUGGGACAGGCCUGGAGCACUUUGGCUGACUCGGGGAGUCCUCUUUUGGGAUUGGCCACACUUUGAGCCAGGCAUGGGCCUCUCACUGUGGGCACAUGGUGGCCCUAGAGAGGGGAGGAUGGAAACUUUGGUCCCUUCAAAUCAGAUCCCUCCCUGGUGCCACAGCAGCUGAGUGUGCAUCCAACCUGAAGAAAAUCUACACGGUGCAAACAGUACAGAUAUUCUGGAGUGUGUACAAUAAUAUUCCUCCUGUGACUAGCCUGCCUUUGAGAUGUAGUUAUCAUUUAAUGAGAGGAGAGAGGCGACCACUUUGGGAGGAGGAAAGUAAUGCAAAGGGCGGCGUGUGGAAAAUGAAAGUUCCCAAGGACAGCACGUCCACAGUUUGGAAAGAGUUGCUGUUGGCAACUAUCGGGGAACAGUUCACAGAUUGUGCCGCAGCAGAUGACGAAGUAAUAGGAGUUAGUGUCAGCGUUCGUGACCGAGAGGAUGUCGUCCAAAUCUGGAAUGUCAAUGCCUCAUUAGUGGGUGAAGCAACUGUUCUAGAAAAGAUCUAUGAACUUCUGCCCCACAUACCUUUUAAAGCAGUAUUUUAUAAACGACCAAGUCUGGCAGAAACUCUCCAGAAAGGAGCCCAUGAAGAGCAUCAUGCUUUUGAAGGUGGACGUGGAAAACACUAAUUGCACUCUGUACAGAAUUCUUUGUCCUUUGCUGAUUGGUUUUGGAAACGGUCUUAACAGGAGGGAGAGUGAAGAGAAGACUUGCCGAAGCUCUCGAAGCUGGUCGAUUUAGAGUGGUUUCUGUCCUUGCAGAUCGGGCAGUUAGCACUCAAGUAGCAGCUGGGGGGCGGGGGCGGCUGCGUGGGUGUCUACCGUCACGGUACUUGGUUUAGUUUUAUUUUUUGGCUUUCUAAAUUCUCUGUUCUUUUCACUCUGAUUUUUUUUUUUUUUUUGCCCUUUUUAAUUCCUUAUUCAGUCUAAUUAUUGUUUACUCCUCUUUCAUUGAGGCACAAGAAAUUGGGUUCCCUGGAAGUAGCUCUCCUAUACCUAGUUAAUGAGACUGUGCAUAACCGUGACAAUAUUGCUUUGGAAAACCACGCUAUACGUGGAGGAAUAGUAGCUUGAUGAAACCUGUCUUCUGAGUAUUUGUUGUGACAUUCCUUCAGGCUGUGAGCUGGGCAUUGUUUUUUCUGUCCCAGGGAAAAGAAAUACCAUUCUUAAUCUGAUUUUGCACUGAGAGCACACACGCUUUUUCUUUUUCCUUCUUAAAACUUUUUUUUUUAAAUGAUAAAAGAAAAAGAGUAGUUGGGUUCCCCAAGCUGGUAACUAUUAUCACAGUUCAGUCUCAGGAUAUAAAUCAAACUCUAGGUUUUUGGACCCUCUAUGGAUGGAAGCAUUUUCAACUAGAAUUUCAAUUGGCCUUUUCAAAGGAAAGCUUAGAGUGCUGAGAAAGGAUUCCUCCCAAUAGGAAACCUGGUAUUUCGGAUUUAAAGAAGAGGUGAUGUUUUAAUUGUUUGAAUUUUAAUUGUCUGAAUUUCAGGGGUGUGAACCCACUUAGGGCUUCACAGAUCAAUGCUAACACAUUUUGUUAAAAUGAUCCCCUUUUCCUGUUCACCUUGUAUGCAGUUUCCGUAAUUGAUAGUCUUCCAAAUGGGCAGCUUCCCCCUCCCCAUUUUUUUUUUAUUUAGGAGUAGAAAGUUAUAUCUCAUUUAUGGGGUGACUCUGAACCUUCAUGAAGUUGAACUUUGAGUGCUUUUUGUUUGUAUAACUCAUUGGAAUUGUUGAUACGCAUUGCUUUAUGCUACCAAAGAAUUACCGGUUUUAGUGGAAGGACCUGGCCACCCUCUGGAGCACUGAGACAUGCUCAGACUGCACCCAUUUCCUCUGGACUCUGCCAAGCCUCCGGCUGCAUUUACCUGCAUAAGGGCAGGGCCCUUUGAAGACGCUUCCUUUUGUGGGCUUGUUUUUGGAGUCCCAGGAGCUAGCAUGUACUUAUACAUUUCACCAAAGGGCCACGCACCCAGACUGUCCUUGUAUCCAGGAUUCUUAAUUCCUCUUGCAAUAUUGACCAGCAGAGAGAGAUGAGGUCACUUCAAGCCUCCAGCAGGUGUUUGUAAAUAACAUUCUCCAUUCACACAUUUUAAAGGACUUUCAACAAUAUCUAUAAAAAUUGUGCCCUUUGCUUUCACUGCUAACCACAUCAACCAUAACGAUGAUCGGACUUAAAAACACACACACACACACAAAAAUUUAUUUCUAAACUUGAGAUUCUUCAGUGAAUUCAAAAUGAGGUAUGAUACCCAAUCCAUUUCUCCAAAGCCCAGGGCUUGUUUCUCUAAACCUUGUACUAACGUCCAACUGGUUUUUAAAUUAUUCAUCAAGGAUUUAUAAAAAUUAUUCUGGACAUGAAAAUUCUUUUUUAUAAUAUAAGUAUUUUUCUGAUAGAUUAGAAAAAAGGAUACAGUUGACUUUAUCUUCACUGAAAUUGUCACAUAUAUUUCCUGAAGUAAAUGGGUUUUGACGUAUUUUUAUUUUUGAACUUUAUUUAAAGGAUUUGUGAUGAUGUGUUCAACUUUUGUGUGUAUGUAGCCUUUGAAGUAAAAUAAAAUAAAUAGGAAUGUUAGGCUCACGUUGAUUUUUUUUUUUCUGGUUUCUAUUGUUAAUGAUCAUGGAACAUGAGCAACACAUAAAGCUGAUCUUGUCUCAGUAAACUUCUGCAACUAUUUCUGACCCUUUGGAAAAUACUGUGAGAAAGAUUUAAUUUGCUUAAUGUUAAGAAUGUAUCAUCUAAAUUACUUUUAAGAGAGGAUUUUGUCAGAUUUUCCUCUGGAAAUUGUUUUAAUUGAAUAUUUAGUUCAUAAGAGACUUUGUAUGAACUAAGCUGAUGUAAAAAGCUGAUGUAGUCAGUUUAAAAAUCUCUCAUUACCUUCUUAGAUUAAAGAAGCUAAUGCUUGUCUGAGAUACCAGGAAAAAUUUUGUGUGGCUUAUGACUUUUGUGCUAGGGUGGCUUACCGACCUCAGCCAGUGCUGGGGACAGUACUAACUUCCAGUAGAGUCCCCUCUUUUCAGCCAAGUCCUUGCAGGUGCAGCCUGGUGCUCCCGGCAAAGAGCCACACAGAAGCCAGAGCGCUGACUUGCUUGUCUUUGUGAUCCUCAGGUCUGUGAUACAGUGCCAGGAAAUCGGAUUGAAAGCAAUAUGCUCUUUCUCCCAGUAUUCCCCAGCUUGUCAUCUCACAGGUGCUUGCUUACAUCAGGAAAGUUACACUUAGCCAAAAAGGAAGAAUAAUCCCUGUUUAAAAUAACUUGUCUACAUUUUGAUUUUUUUCAUAGGCACUUUCGGACGUGCUGACUUAGUCAGUGUUCACAUUUCCUUUUCCUCCCACUUUUCCACAUUUCUAAAAUGAGGGUAUAAUUUACAUUUGACAUGUACAUUGCUAUUAAAUGUAUGGUACGAUUGAUGGGUAGGAAAACACGAUUCUAGUAGACUUUGAAUAAGUUUAGACUGGCUCUAAACUUCUAGCCUUCUUCUUGAAUUUAGCUCAAGUCUACACUGUCCACACAGCACCAGACUUCAUAGUUGAAAGAAACUUUUGGUAUAACUGGGUCUGGUAGAUACAAUAUACAGUGAAACCUGUGAGAGCCAGAACUCAGUGGGACUGCCUUGUCUUUCCAGGUCUCCUAAGUUUUCCGCCUUUGAGAGGGUCAGUCUUACUGCUUUUCAGUCAUUUGUUUUGGUGGAAAAUAUUUGAGUUUUCCUUCUCUUACAGGUUUCCGCCUUACACAGGUUCUGGCUUUCACAGGUCUUACUGUACAGUGUGCCAGCCAAGCCUUGACUGAACCUGUCUCUAGUUAAAAGGAUAUAAAACUAGAAGGCAACAGUGCCAGGCAUUGAAGUCUGUAGGUUAUAUCCCAGUCUAAGCCUCCUUAAACUAAGAAUAUUCAGUCUGUCAACCUAACCACCCCUUCCUCCCCCAACUAGUCGCCCCGAUCACCAACUAAAUAUCUGGCCACUGAUCUGACUAUACCUAAUCAGAGACCCUCAUUGUAGCUCAUCAGUUGCUGUCAGUGACUGAAGUGGCAUUAGAGUGUGGUGUUUGAAAGUAACCUGAUUAUGACAAGAGGGUGGCCCUUUGCAGUUAGAUGCUCCACUCUUCAAGGCUUCCAACUUUUGUGCUUACACAAGGCUGACAGCAUUUGGAGCGGUCACAUGGUGGCGCUGCCUUCCAGCCGACGGUUCUGGCUCAGCAGUUUUUAUCAGCAUUUAUCCAGCGACAUUUGUGUGAUUAUUUUAAGAUCCUACUGCAUUUUGUUCUUAGGGUUUUAUAAAAAAUGUGAUUAGAAAAUGUAAAAAUGAUACUAGCGAUAAUAAAUUUUGGUUUCAUAUACCUAAUAAAAAUAAGGCCAGGAUAAAACUCUCCAGGUGUGCUAAAAAUCUCAACUCUUAGGCUCUCUUUGGGCCUGUCAGCAAGUCAACAGGUUGUGAAGAGAAAGAAUGAAAUAAAUGAAUAUGUAGGAAAUACUGGAAAUAUUUUCAUCAAAUGUUGUACCCAAAAGGAGGACUAAAAUUAGAAUUUUAUAUAUUUUUUAGCUUUUUGCAUAUGCAGCCCCCCUUUAAAAAUGUAAGUCUAUGGUUCACUGUUCCAACGUUAUACAUUUUUGUAAGAUUUCACUCAUUAACAUAUGAAAGUAGAGGACUGCCUGUAUGUGGUUUAUUUCUUAAAAGAAUACAUUCUGAUCAAUUAAAAAUUGCUUACGACUUUGGUGACUCAGGAUUGUAAAAACCCCAGAUAAUUGCCUCAAUAGCUGGGAGGAAUCAGAGGAUAAAGAGGAAAAAGAUAGGGAUUGAGGUGCGGUGAAAAGUGUAUUUGAGACCCUGUAUUCUAUUCUGUAUAGCAAGUAGAGUGGACUCCCCUUUCUACUUCUCGCAGGAACAAAAAGCCCAGAUAGAUUCUGGACACAUCUGAUUAUACUGUUCUGUUUUUGUUUUCUAUUAUUUUUCCAUUUGCAUCAAAAUCUCAGAACACUUCUUAUUUAGGUUGAGCCAUUCAGGCUAAAAGUCACCCUACUGUGUGGUAGAGACACUUCCAUCUUACUGACACAGCUCUGUUUUCAAAGGAAAACUCACAGGCUCGUAGAAUUCUAGAGUGGAAGGAACCUUUGAGAUCAUCUACCAGUGCUUCUCAAACCUAAGCAUGGCGAAGGCUAACUGGGGUAUUUAUUUAAUAUGUGGAUGUCUCCAGUACCCCAACCUGAGAUUCUCAGUCACGAGAAUUUUGUCUGCAUUUUUAGCAAGCACUCCAGUGAUUCUAAUGCUGAGGUCUUUAGACCUCACUUUGAGAAAUCCUGAUUAUCCAACCCCCUCAUAUGACAAAUGAGGAACUCCCUCCUCCCUUUACCCCCCCCCACCGCCCCCAAGCUCUCUCAGGUGACCUGAUUUGACUGUAUAAUACCAACAAUAUUAUGAAGGCUGGAGAAAGCCAUUAUUACCAAGACUUGAGUAGAUGGUGCUCAUAAAUAAGGACUUUAUGGCUAGGACCACAGCAGUAAUAGGUAGCCCAUCUCUGGAAGUCCAUAAUAUAAAAACCUUUAAUACAGAGUAGUGGCUUUUUUCUUUUCUAAAUACCAUUUCAGCCUGUUAAGAGAAAAAUUAAUGUUCAGAAAAAAGGAGUCACUCCAUAUGUGCACUAACUGCUUUUCUGUAAUGUCUUAUGGCAUCUAGGGUUCAGCAUCAUUGAACAAGAUUAAAUGAACGUUACAGAGCUAUAAAAUUGCAUGUAAAAUAACGCAAAACUCUUCAAAUGGCUAUCAAAGUAGCCUGGGAAUGAAUUUCCACUAAAAUUAAUUGUCACUUCUAAACGUAGCUCAGCAAAGCUGUUACUAAACCGGAGGGAUUCUUGAAUACAUAGAAGUGUCCAAAAAAAUCCAAGAAGUUAUUUCCCAGCCCACAGGAAUGAUAAGGAAAAGUCAUUGUGAAGUCAAUAUUUUUUUGUCCAUCAUUGCUACUAAAAUUUAGAGUCCCAUUGUAUAUGUGUAUGUUGAAUGUACCUUAUUAGAAUAUCCAGUGAAGUGGCCUUUUGGAUAUUCUAUGCUCUUGUGUCCUUCCGAGAUCAUGAUGUUGAAGGAAUCUGUGUUCAACGUUUUUGUUUUGGUUGCUGCCCUAAAAAAAAAAAAAAAAGUCAACUCAUUUAAAGGAAUGCAGGAUUUUUAAAGGAAUGAAAAUGUCAGCUUCUAAUAUUGAAGUCAGAGAACUUUUCUUGAACUUGUACUUUGGAACACGGGUUUAUUUGGGAUGUCCUAAGCCAGCAACUGCAUUAUGGAAAUAAGCGUGAAGUCAAUAUGGUGUUUCUAAGUUUUCCAUAGAAAAAUAAUCGUACCUCUUUUUAAUUUGAAGAAGCAACUUUUAAUGAAGGUGAAAAUGUUCAUUUUAGCACUUUACAUUGAAUGGAGAAUAUACAAGGACUUUGAGCAGUUUCAUCAACUUAUUAUAGGGUUUCUGUUCUCAUAUAAAGCUAUUAAUUUUAUGAGCAUACAUUAAAUUCCCCCCAAAUUUCUCAGACCUCUAAUGUGGUUCACAACCAUUGUAUGGUUUAAAAAUAAAUUGUAACUAUUUUCUCAGUAUUCGUUUAAUAACAAGUCACCAUCACUUUGUGUACCUCCUGACUGAGAGUUUGGUUUCCUUUAAAUGAUUACACAAAAGAAUUUCAGACCUUAAACCAGUGAGGAGACCCUAGGUUGGGGUAUCUAGUACUGUUUGUCCCCAAUUUAAAAUCUUAUCAGUUGCAUUGAAAGUUACUCAUUCUUUAGAACUGUCUUAUCUGUGAAGUUGCACCAGGUCCAUUUGCCUUAUGUUUGGGAUCUGUUGUACCCCUCCCCCCAUUUUAUACCAUCUGUGCCCUGUGCGGUUGGGACCCUUCCACAUCUGGCUACAAGCUGGUGUAAUGUCCUUCCUUUUGAUCUGGCUUCGUCUAGUGAUUUGCUCAGUAUUUUUAAGGUCAGACUGAAAACUUUUCUGUUCUAGUUAUUUUUGAUUUUAUAUUGUGUGUUGUGUUUGAUGUUAAGAUACAUGUGAAAGUUGCUUCUAUAAGUCAGUAAUCUUUAUUCCAGCCUUUUGCAGCAAAAAGGUAAGACGAGACUCUGCUUUUCUGGCUUGGAAAUGUAGUGAUUUAUGUGUUUAGCACAAAUGUUGAGACUAUUCAUGCGAAAAGUUCUUGCUAUGAAUUCGUGUUCCAUCCAUCUUCAAGUUAUAAUUUCACGGAGUUUGUUUAGGUGUUCAUUAGUUUCUGGAAGCCCUUGUUCCCCUAAACUUUGAGAACUUUUCUAAUCUGUUGCCACUAAUUCUCACUCUGUAUUUGACUUCUUAUAAUAUGGAAAUACCUAUUGCAUUCCCUGUGCUUAAAAUCUCAUGUCAUUUCCUCAGCCACGCUGCUCAAUCGUAAUUAGGUUCUGCAUAUGCAUAUGGUCAUGACCAUAACUGUUUAUUCCAGCACAUAUUGACAUUUUCUGCCCACCCGCUCUAAUGUGUAUAAAGCCCCUGACACCUACUAGGCUCUCUGUGUUACUCUGAUGGGAAGCAGCUCUUUCUCUUUCUUACACUCCCUUGUUCAAUACAUUUGGCAAUAGGUACAUCUUGAUUUCUUAGAAAACAACAUUUAACUUAUUUUAAUUACAUUCCUUUACCCUUAACCAAGAAUGGUUCCGUUUUAGAAUAAUUCAGUUACUUUUAUUUCUGUUUGUCCUCCAGUUUGCCCAUGAGAUUCAAGUGUCCCUCUAUAGCUACGUAUAUAAAGUGAAUUUACACUUCCUUUCUGGCUGGCUAAUGUAUCUCUUUAAAGACAAAAAAUAAUAAAGAACCCAGCAGACACUUAUUUCUUUAAUUAAUCUGCAGCUUUUCCUCAUUUCUCACCAUAGAAGUAAGCAGCCCAAGAUUACAUAUGUGACGCCCGAUUAAUUUUAACACAGUGCAUUUUACGAAAUCUUUGAGGGUCGGGCAUGGUACUCUGAAGGCUUUAAUAUUGCCUGAUACCUCUUUCUCCUGUUUGAGUCUGAAUACUGAAUACCAGGUAGUCUGUGAGUACUUAAUCAUCUAGUGUUCAUCAGUGCACGUUUGGAAUGUGUUCUUGGUUGCUUUGUUUGCGUACUCUCUGCCUCCCCACCUAAAAUCUAGGUUUUUGAAGGCUGAGACCAUGAGUCUUUUCUUUCCCAGUGACUUAUAGUGUGAUAAAUGCUAUUUAAGAACUUUUAAACUGCUUUUCACUAGUGACUGUAUUAAAAAUCUCUGGAAUCCUGCAGGAUGAUAGGUCUUUUGUUACUGGAAGAAAAGAAAACAGUAGCGUUUACAAGGCUCAGCAAGUUAAAAUAUGUAUCAUUGAAAUAUGUAUCUAUUUCCCAUCAGCCAGCUAGGCUGCAGUGCUGACUAGCCUAUUUCUUGCCAGAGAAAAUAAGUUUAAAUCAUAAGCAUAUUUAACUAGCAAGCAUAAAUCAUAAGCUUUUAUAAUCAUAAGCAUGUUGAACUCUGGUACCAUUUAUACAGAUGGUGUGGCUGCAUGUGUGUGCUCCUCCCAGCUCAGAGAUGUGGGCAAGCCCUUACUCCCCAAUUUCCUCUUUAACUCAGAAGACUUAAAUCAUUUAUUUUUUGCCCAGAUAGAAUUCUAGAAAGUGUAGACCAAGAGAAAAGGUUCAGGUCUUAGGAAACUUCUGGGUUUUAUGACUCACUCUUACCAAAGAAAAAUGAUAGAAAUAUAGGUUGUACAUGGAAAGAGUGGUACCGUUUUAAGGCAGAAAUAAUUGGUGCUUCCAGAAAAUAGUCAAGUUAUGAAGAACAAGACUUUGAUUCUCAGAAUGCAUCUAUUUUUUAAACCGAACAUCAUGGCAUCGUAAAUAAAAAUUUAACAGAGGUCCAUGAGUUUUCAAAGAGUGUUCUCCAGGAGGUUGUUUCUGCAGAAAUACUUUUUGAUGCUGCAAACAAAAGUUCCUAUAUUUUAAGGCAUUUUAAAAGGUGUAGUAAAACAGUAACACCCACACUCAACAUGCGUUGUGUGGCCAAAUUUUAACAUUUUGGAAGCCAGUAUGCAUAAUUUAUGUACUCAUUGAUUUUCUUUUAUGAAAUGUCACUUUUUAAAACCUUUUUUAUUGUAAAAUAAAACAAAGAUGCAGAACACGACACAAAACAAAUCUGUAGCUUAGUGAAUUGUUAUAAAUAGAACAUCCUUAUAUCAGCAUCCAGGUCAAGAAAUCCGACUUUGCCAGGUGCCCCAGGAGCCCCCUUCCCAUGGAUCACCCAGUUGUAGCCCCCUCACUCGCCACUAAAGUCAUAGCUAUUCUGUCUUACGGUAGGCACUUGCUUGCAUUUCUUUUUUAUUCACGCAAGUGAUAAACAUCUCUUCUAUCUUUUUAUAUAUAGAAGCUCUUCUAUUUAUGAAAAGUUGGGCUCAGAAAAGCUUUCUGUAAGUCCUUUAAAUGGUAAGUGAAAAAUGACAUUCUAUAAUCAUUUGCUUCCCCCAUAAGUUAGUGGUUGGGCAGAGUUUGACAUGCCUUUGCUAUAGUGAGCAGCUCUGUUCAUAGCUAUAAUAUCCAUAAUAAUCAUAAAAGCUAACAUGUGGAGUUACAUGACAUCUAAGCACAUGAAUUAAUUCUCAAAAAAAAAAAAAACCUAUGAAGUUGAUUUUAUUAUUAUUGUUCCCAUUUUCCAUAUGUGGAAACUGAGGGUUAGAGAGGUGAAAUAACUUGCUCAAGCUCACACAGUUAGUAAGCCACAGAGCCGAAAUAUGUCUAAAGUCCUUAUGGCUGCAGCUAGUUCUCCUGAUGCUAGGCUGCCUGGAUGGGAGUACAAGACUGCAAGAUGUCUAAGAAUUUUGAGGUUCCUUGUAAGAGUCCAUUAAAAAAAAGGGGAUCUACAGCUUUAAGAAGAAGAUGGAAAAGUAGAUGGUCUAGCGGAACCUUUUCAUUUUACAGAUGAAGAAGUGACAGAGUGACCCAGAAACUUUAAAUAAUUUGCUUAAGGUCUCAUAAGCAGUUGGUGGCAAAGUUGAAGCCACAUCCUCAAAUUUCCUGGCUGUUAAAACCACUAAUUUUUCCAUUGUCCAUACCUUAUGUGGAAAACUAUCCAUUUUUAAAUCUGUCUCUUGCAUUGGCCCCACAUGAGCAGAUUUGUCUUGAAACCAGUUUACAACUAGGACACACCAUCUACUUGCUUAUUUUCUCAAGAUUUUAACUGGGAAUUGUAAAAAUUUCUAUUUGAAGCUUGCUUUCCUGUCUCACUUAUUGAGUGCCCAAUCUGUAGAGACACAUGCCUAACACCCACUGCAAAGAAUGUACAAGAAUAACACAUUUGACUGGUGUGGAUGGCAGGUGAAAAGGAAUUGCUGGUGUAGUGUGGGCCCUUAAAUGUAUUCACGGCCAAAUCUGGAUUAUCCCAGCACAGAUGGAUCAUGCAAAAUCCCUCUUCUGCUUCUUACUGGUGACCUUUAACUAUUUGUGUUUGCAAAUCCUUCUACAAGAAAUUGGAAAGUAGAUGAGCAGAGAGGGUAGAAUUUGGUUCUUUGACCAGCAUUUGAGGUGUCCUGGUAAAAGGUUUGGUGGCUUCGCCAUUUAAAGCUACAGGGAGAUUGUGGGGUUCUUUCUAGAUGGAAUGCAUCUGGGAAGUCCAAUUUAGCCUUGAAUGUGAAUGAUUAGCUUUGUGUAGUAUUUGCCUUUACUGGGUGGAAAUCCAUUAGCUUAUGCCUUGUACAAGUUACUCAAAUUUUCUGAGCCUCAGUUUCACCAUCUGUAGAAGGGAAGAUGCUCUGUAGAAGAGUAAAGCUCUUCAAAGUAAGGAACAUGUAUAAAGCACCCAGCUCAACUCUCUGCCCGUGGUAGAGAGUUAGCAAAUGGUACUUCUGUUGGUUGGCUGUAUUAAUUUGUCCAUACGCUAAGGAGAUUGAACUGAUCCAGUGGAACUUACUUACUUUGCUCUUGAGGUAUUGACCUAGCAUAACUUGUUUGUGGUCCUACAAGUAGUUGGUAACAACACUCUGGUCAAACCCACUAGUACCCUAAUUGCUUGUUCACUGAUCUUUCCAUCUCAUCAUACUAUUUCUGGGAAAAACAAAUAUACCUCCUUACUUGACUUCUCUGUACCUGACUUUUGAAUCAGUUUGCCAUGAAAACAAUUUAGGAUCUCUAUGAAUCUUCUAUUUUCCAAGGACAUUAUUACCAUUAUUAAAAAAAAAAAAAUUAUUACUCAGGAAUGUAAGAAGGAGUUUCAGUUGAUGAAAUUUCUUUUUAGGCUGAGCAAAUGCUUGUUGAAGCAUAAGUCCCAUAUUGGUCACUGUGAUCAUAGGCACUCAAACUUGCCAUUGGAGGAAGGAUUGUGGGAAGCUCCCAUGAGUUCCUUAUAUUACAUGCACAUAUUUUUAAUCCUGGUUACCUUAAAAGAAAGCUGAGAGGCGUCAGUGUAGCUGAGUCAAUAUGGAUGAUAUUGAGUCAUUCAUUCACUAAGUAUUUACUGAGCAACUACAAUGUGUUUAGGUACUAGGGAUACACCAAUAAACAAGACAUCAUCCCAGCUUCAUGGGACUUACGACUUAGUGGAUUGAUAAAUAUCAUUAAAACUUUGAACUACUAAACAAAAAGAAAGGCGGAAGUAUGUCUUAAACAUCCUUGAGUUCCACAUACCUGGCACAUAGUACAAACUCAGUAUGUGCUUGGAUGAAGGAAUAUUUGAAUGUUGUCAUAAGCAGGUUUUUUUUUUUUUUAAUUCUAGAAUUCUGAAGCUGAGUGUUUUCACUAAUCUUAUUAUUGUUUUAAAACUCUCUAAUUAUAGUUUUGACACUGGACUCAGUAACCACAAAGGCUGUUUAUAAUUUGUUGGCGCUUUUCAAACAUCUUUUAAAAACCAAGCGAGCCCUUAACUUGUGCUGGAUAAUUCUCAGUGUCUUUAUGUAUAUACCUGAGGGGCAACAAUCAUAAAAGGGCCUGUGCACCAGCAUGUUAAAUAUGGGGAUUCUUACACUGUGGAAUUUAUAAAGAUUGCUUACUCUGUAAUUUUUAAAAGCCCUGUAACUCUUUAUAAAGCAUACAUAGCAUCUGAACAAGAAAUAUGACACUAAGUCUCGGAUUAAAUAAUAUCUUGGGGCCACUAUCUUAUGCAUUUUCAGCAGUUUGGGAACUCCACUAAGUGCAGGUUAACAAGACCAGAGCAUCAUAAAUGAGCAUCUGCCCCGCGACCCAGCUGGAGACCCCUUCCGCCAUUAUUCAUUCCGGAAGCACGUGCUGACGCCACGUUCGGCCUUCUCGGCUCUCCCACUCUCAGUGGUCUUUUAAGAUUGGCGGGAGGUCAAACCCUUCCACCUCCUCUGCUUUGUGGAGCAGCUGAAUGUUUUCGGAGUCUUGCUUGCUUUGUAGCCAUGAUAAUUAUAUUAAAAAAAAAAAGUUAAAAUGGGACCCUGCACGGGGAGCGAUCGAGCUCGGAACCCUUGUGUGGAAAAGGUAAAAAAAAAAAAAAAAAAAAGGGAGCUUUAAAUGAGAACAGGCAGCUCUGAGGAGGAGAACUUGUUCGAUUCGGCGCCACUGCUGUUUCGCCUGCUGACCUGGGCUUCGCAGCCCGAGUUCAUCCUCACACUUCAAAGGCCUGGCGCCGAGGGCAUCACACAUUUUCCUUGAUGACAAAUUAAUCAAACUUGAUUUCUGGGAUGAGAUGGAUACAAAAGAACUACAACUCCCCAAGGCCUGAAAGUCAAUACAGCCCUUCUGGCUCUGAUUAGGGUAACAAAGGAUAUCUGAGAGCCAUCUUCCUCCGCUCUGCUGUGGGACGGAGCUGAAAGCGAGCCGGCCUUGUAAAGGAGAAAAAGACCUUAUUAAAACACAUUUCAGCUGCGACCGAGUGCCCGGCGAGCCCUCCUGACAGAGAAAAUUGCUUUUUAGUAGAUGCUCACCUUUUCUCAAGAGCAAAGUUUCCGCUUAGAAGAACCUAGAGGAAGUAGUAUAUUACGAAUCUGAAAUGUUUAUAGAUCUCCUCUUUUAUGUUUCUUCUGUGAAGAUGAGGUUAAGAAAGAAAAGAAAGAAAUCGGCCUGUGAUUAUCUGACAAAUAUUAGAGCCCAAAUUUGGAUAAGUCAAUUUACUUCUACCUGGUCAAAAAGAGAAAUUCCCAGAGUUCAGAGAAUUUGUGUACCUGUGAAGGCAGGCCUCGGCCAAGGUGAAGCCACAGGCUUCAGAAUGCAUGUCUCGGUCUGUUCUGGCAUCCCACUCAGGAGAGCCCAAGUAAGCCUUCUGCUAAAUCAGGGAGUGCAGGAUUUCAAUGCAAAACCCUCUUAGCAGCUUUCUCAUCCGCCUGUUCUGUGGAGCGGCCAAGGACAUCGCUCGCAUCCUUCUCGUGAUUGCUCUCAGUUCUAUAUUUAGAAGAAUUGCCGUUGCACAAAAUAUGGUCUCCGGACUGCUCUGGGGUGCUUUAUGCUUUUCACAAAAGAGUUCAAAAAAAGGUUCACCCCAUUAUAUCAUAAUUUUGAAUAGAAGGCCCUGAUGGUAUUUUCCUUUAAUAUGGAGGCAAAAUGCAGAAACUUAAAAUAAUGUGGGCUCCUAUUUUAUAAGUUUGUGGCAUCUACUUCCACGCAGCCCUGCCUGCCGCCACCCUGCCGGCUUGAACCGUGGGUUGAAUGCCAAGUGAUUCAUCCUUGAUACACGUGCGGAGUGACGGUGGGUCACACAGGCCCAUCUUUCAUUUCUGACACUUGGUUUGAAGAUCCUUCCUCCAAGUAUCUUUCUGAUCCUGACAGGCAGUUUUCAAAAUGGUUGUGGCAUUCCAGGACCCUUAAUAAUUUAAACCUGUAUUUUAGAUUCCAGCAAUAUAGCCAAAUAUACAGUGACGGCCCCCACCCCCACCCCCACCCUCACACGGUACCAGUUCACUGGUGUCAGCACCAGCUCCCACUGUUCUCUGACAUGUGGACAUGUGUGCGCUCAGCCGGGGCAGCCAAGCCCCUUGUCUCUCCAAUCCCCAAGAUCCCUCCCAGCUCAUGCUUUCCAGAUGGACUGAGGGUGAGCCAAGGCCACCUACUCCAUGAAGCUUGUUCUGAUAUCUCAAGCUUGAGAGGACCCCUCCUGUUUUGAAAUACAGAAGGAGACACUUUAAUUUUCUUUUAGCUCCCCCCCCCACCACCACCACCAUGGCCCUUGAGUCCUAAUCAACUCAAUGGCAACUUACAACUACAUGGCCUUUGAAGGGUCCCUUAGUGGUGAAAGCCGUCUGUAAUGGGUUGGUAACCUAAAGGCAGGCAUUUGGGACCCACUCGACAGCACUGUGGAAGAAAGGCCUGCAGUCUACUUCAUAAAGAUUAAAAAAAAACAGAUUACAGCCAAGAAAACCCUAUGGAACAGUUCUAGCCUGUAACAUACAAGGUCGCUGUGAGUUAGAAUCAACUGGACGGAAAAAGAGUUUUUUUUUGUUGUUGUUUUUUUAAUAGUCCCUAAGGAUUCCCUGAGUGGCCUAAGUGGUUAAGCUCUCCACUACUAACGAAAAGCUUGGCAGUUUGAAUUCACCGAGAGGCGCCUGGAAGAAGCCCUGGCACUCUACUUCUGAAGGAUCCCAGCCAUUGAAAGCCCUAUGGAGCCCAGUUCUAUUCUGACACACAUGGGGUCGCCAUGAGUCAGAGUCCAUUCUGCAGCAUAUAUGGUCAUUUGUAAGUGUGGCCUCAUCGCUGGCCCUAAAUUGAGAAUUCUCAGGCCUUUCCACACCCCACGGCACACAAAGGCCGUUGAAUGGAGGAGUGAAAUUUCCGUAAGCUCAUCACAGAUUCCAUCUUAAGAAACCCAUUCUCCAUUUUCAGAGAUUGUUUAUGGAGUGGGAAAGAGCACACUGGGUUUUAAGUCGGAAGACAAACUUUUCCCCUCAUACAUCCUAACUUGUUGGUUUUGUGGCCCUGAGUGAAUUAUCUGUGACUUUUCAGGGCCUCAGUUUACUCGUCUGGGUAACAGGAAUAAUGAACACCCACGUCACAGGAUGUGGCAGAUUCGAUGAGAAAAUACACGUGAAGGCCUUUUACAAACUGUUAAGUGCUGUUCACGUGAAGGUCUUGAUAUUAAUACCUCAUGGUAGCACAGUGGUCUGGUCAAGGUGGAUACUUGGUCCAGUUGUUUUAAAAUCACAUUCUAAAGUGGAGUCUAGAAACUUUAUUUUUACAAAAAUCCCUUUUUACAGUAUAAAAAUAAUUUUCAAAAGAAGGCCCUGAUGGUAUUUCCUUUAAUAUGUAAGCAAAACGCACAAAUCUAAAUCCGUGAGUAACAUUAGCAAACGUAAUACCUACCCCCCCCAAAAUUUUUUUAAAUUCCUAAAUGAUGCUAGUAGAAUAUAACAAUUUUUAUUAUCAGAAAAUAUGGAAGAGAGUUGGAUUGUUGGGGUCACAGCCAGGGUGAAGGGGGGUGGCAAAAGAGAUGUCAAGGAAGUAAGAAAACAAGGAAAAGGAGGCGUGAGAGAGAGAGGUGAGCCUUGUGAAGCGGCAGCCAUCUUAUCUCAGGUGGUACUAAAGAAACAAUUUAUCAGCAGCACCUUCCUCCCAUGUUUAGGAAAUUCUCUAAAGGAAACUGAGCACAUAAGCUUCGUUGGUGUGGGUCGAACACCUGCAGAACUUAACCUAGAAGUGAGUUUGAGGGCACAAGAGUCCCCUGACAUUCUAGUCAGUCACCAUUCACCUCGGUCAACAAGUAUUCAUCAUUGUCACGCCUAGGGGCAGACAUUCUUGGCCCUGAAGAAGCUUCAGAGGUUUGUGACUUUAAUCAUUUUCCUUGUCGUUGUUGCGCCUUGUCCUCAAAAUGGUUUAUGCCUUGUGCGUGUGUUUAGAUAGCCGAAUUAUAGUCACCAGGACAAGAGUUAUGCACUGUUAGCAGUUUCCUCUGGACAUUUUGCCAGAAUUUGAGCAUGUGUCAAAUUCCAAGAGUAUAAAAAUGGGAGUUAAUUACUCCUAUUACUUCGAUUUUUUUUUUGUCCUGCUAAAUUGCCCUGUCUCUUGGCCCAUGUGGAGUCUACCGACAGAGCAGCUCUAGGAUAUAUUCAAAUGAAAAAGCAGAGGUCGAAGUUGUGUUAGGAGUUAGGACAUCACCAGGACUCAGAAGUUAGGGACAGAGAUUCCUAGUGUUUCCGGAGGCUGAGGAGCCGAUUCCUGUCUGUGGAAAGGCAUCCUGGGACUUCUGAUGAAGACAUACCCUUAAUUCUAUCAAACCUCAGUAGCCAUUCUGUGUACCCAUUCAUGGAUUUCAUUGUGAGCACAACUUAAAAUCGAACACGUUGCAGGCACAAACACUUAAAUUAGCUUGACGAUUGCCCAGCUGGAGAAUAAAAUGUGUUUCCCUGUAACAGAAUAAGCAGAGUCCAUCAGGAGC